UUUGAACAUUUAUCUUCAGGACACAUAGCUAAAAUUCUUGUAUUUCCUUUUAGCUUUUAGUGUGUUCCAAUUUUUUCUCUUUUGUCUCUCUAAAUCUAAUUAAACCAUAGCCAAAAUGCCGAUGGAGAGUACUAACGAAACAAAGCAAUCAGGAGAUUUAAUCUUCCGAUCAAAACUCCCUGAUAUUUACAUCCCUAAGCAUUUACCUUUACAUUCUUAUUGUUUCGAAAACAUUUCGGAGUUCAGUUCUCGUCCCUGUUUGAUCAAUGGAGCCAACGAUCAAAUUUAUACUUAUGCUGAAGUUGAGCUCACUUGCAGAAAAGUUGCAGCUGGUCUUAACAAGUUAGGGAUCCAACAAAAGGACACGAUUAUGAUCCUUUUGCCGAAUUCCCCUGAAUUUGUGUUUGCUUUUAUGGGCGCUUCAUAUUUAGGAGCCAUCUCUACAAUGGCCAAUCCUCUGUUUACGCCAGCAGAGGUUGUAAAACAAGCCAAAGCCUCAAGUGCUAAGAUUAUUAUAACGCAAUCGUGCUUUGUGGGCAAAGUGAAGGAUUACGCUAGCGAAAAUGAUGUGAAGGUUAUUUGUAUUGAUUCUGCACCAGAAGGUUGUCUUCAUUUCUCUGAAUUGACACAAUCUGAUGAGCAUGAAAUUCCUGAGGUGAAAAUCCAAUCGGACGACGUCGUUGCGCUGCCGUAUUCCUCUGGCACUACAGGGCUGCCGAAAGGUGUGAUGUUGACACACAAGGGAUUAGUCACGAGCGUUGCACAACAAGUUGACGGUGAAAAUGCAAAUUUGUAUAUGCACAGUGAAGAUGUGUUGAUGUGUGUGUUGCCUUUGUUCCAUAUUUACUCACUCAAUUCCAUUUUGCUUUGUGGAUUGAGAGUCGGUGCAGCGAUUUUGAUUAUGCAGAAAUUCGACAUUGCUCCGUUCCUGGAGUUAAUACAGAAGUACAAGGUGUCAAUUGGGCCAUUUGUGCCGCCUAUUGUUCUGGCCAUUGCUAAGAGUCCAAUUGUUGAUAGCUAUGAUCUUUCAUCAGUAAGGACUGUCAUGUCUGGGGCUGCACCGUUAGGAAAAGAACUCGAAGACGCUGUGCGAACCAAAUUCCCUAAGGCUAAACUUGGCCAGGGUUAUGGAAUGACGGAAGCUGGGCCGGUGUUGGCAAUGUGUCUGGCAUUUGCAAAAGAACCGUUUGAUAUAAAAUCAGGGGCAUGUGGUACUGUUGUGAGGAACGCCGAGAUGAAAAUUGUAGAUCCGGAUACGGGUUGCUCUCUUCCUCGUAACCAACCCGGUGAGAUUUGCAUUAGAGGUGACCAGAUCAUGAAAGGUUACCUGAAUGAUCCCGAGGCCACAACGAGAACAAUAGACAAAGAAGGAUGGUUACACACUGGCGACAUUGGGUUCAUUGACGAGGAUGACGAGCUUUUCAUUGUGGAUCGAUUGAAGGAAUUGAUCAAAUACAAAGGAUUUCAAGUGGCACCUGCAGAAAUUGAAGCCCUUCUCCUCAACCAUCCCAACAUUUCUGAUGCUGCUGUUGUCCCCAUGAAAGACGAGCAAGCGGGAGAAGUUCCGGUAGCUUUUGUUGUUAGGUCAAAUGGAUCUGCUAUUACUGAAGAUGAAGUCAAGGAUUUCGUCUCGAAACAGGUGAUAUUUUAUAAGAGAGUAAAGCGCGUAUUUUUCGUGGAGACGGUACCCAAAUCUCCGUCGGGAAAAAUUCUUAGAAAGGACUUGAGAGCUAGACUGGCUGCUGGUGUUCCAAAUUAAUUCCUUUUGGCUUGGGAUUUGAUGGUGGUAAUAAACUAAACAAGUCCACCAUUGAAGAUAUUAUAUGUUCUUUGAAUUUUACCUUCACCCAAAUGUUUGGUAUAAUUUCCAGUUUGGCAACGGCCGAAAUGUCUGUAAAUUAAUUUAUAAGACUUCUUUAUUCAUCUUUGAUUUGACAUUGUUUAUGUGAUAAUACGGUACUAAGAAUCUUAAUUUUUGUGGAAAAAGUAUUACUAUAUCAAGAGUACGGGUGGUUUACAUAAUAUAAAAUGUUAUUGUUCA